AUUUUAGACAUGUGCUUAGGCUCAGAGAGGGUAAGUGACUUGCCCAAAGUUGCAUAGCUAGGAAGCAGCAGACCUACGAUUCCUGUUUACGCUCUUUGGCUCUCAUUAUCGAAGAGGGACAGGUCUUCAAAAUCAGUGCAGAAAGAAUAGAUUUUAGGUGACUGUAAACAAAGAUGUUCUACUAAUUUAAGGCCUUCACUGCAAACGUCUCCCUCUGUGAAGUAUGCUGUGCCCCUCAGGAACAGCUCACAGCUGAGGCCUAAUGCUGGCGCAUUGGUACUGUGAUGUAAAGGCCUUCUUGAAUAAGCAGGAGGUUGCAAGUGGAAGAUGAAUUCUCAGGGCCUUUCUGAUUCAGAUCCCUUCUGAAUACAAUUUCCUCUCUUGAGGACAUUUAUUGCCAAUUUACUCCCACAUGACUACUUUUUUUUUUUUUUUUUUUUUUCCAUGCAAUUCAUAAAGACCAUUCUUUUUGCUGGGUGAAACCAGAAUGUAAUGUAUUCAUCAUUCAAAUUUGCAUAAACAGGGUAUUCUCUCCCUUCGGCCAGGCUGUGUAAGAAUCCACAUCACGUUUCACUGGGGAAUAAAGAAUGGCCUGGAUCAUGAAACUCAAAGAUGAUUGCCAAAAGUAUUUUAAACAUUUGGCGGACUGUCUUAGUUCUGUUGGAUAUUAAUGUUCACGGGAAUGGCAGGCAGGAGAGGAAGAACAAAAUAUGAUAGAUUUCAAGUUAUACGAUGAGCUCUUAAAUAACUGAGAUAUGCUGUUAUUUUUUUAACAUAGUCUUAGUGUUAUAUUGUACUCCUUAAUUAUUUCUGAUAUGCUUCCUUUGUGCCAGGUGUUAACUAGCAUUUUGGCUUUUUUUUUUCAAGCGUAUUUUGUGUGUUUUGAGGGAAAACAACACUGAAUGUCCUCAAGUUUGAUUUUUGAUAUUUGUAUUGUCAGAAAGUGUGUUGAGCUUCUGUCAUUAGAAUAUAAGCUCUGUGGGACAUGUCACUGAGGAUAACUUUAUGGGAAACUGUAGGAUUAGAAAGCUGUUUUUCUCCUUUAAGAACAUUUGUAAUUUGCUUUGGGAAAGAGUCAUCAAUGUGUAUCCUCAUUUUCUCUGUGCUCCCCAUCCUAUCCUCCUCCUGAACUACUCCUGAUUGUGGCACCCUCACCUCACACAACUUGUGCCAGGGUUUGGACAUGAAUGCAUACCUAAUCUGAGGGGAUCUAACAUCUAUCGUUGUCUCCACGGAGAUGGUUGCACAUUAUGAUUAUGGCGAACGUUUUCAGUCUUGAAAUGAUUAUCACACGUGAUAUGCUUUAGAGAGGAAAUACCAUGUAUCCGGAUGUGGUGGAUCAGGCAGAAACUGGGUUGGAAAGAAUUGAAAAGAUUUCACGAUAGGAACAGGUAGGAUCUCUAUUUCAGAACGCUGGCAAGGUAUGGGUCAGGGAACCAAACACGUCGGGGUUUGUAGCCUAGGAUUCUAGAAGGAAGAAUCUGUUCGACAGAGAAUUUAGAGAAGAAGGCUAGCCUUUCUGGGCAACAUAAAGAACAUGAGCAAGGAACACGAGUGGGGAAACUGAGACACGAAGGAUGUUUGGGGAAUGCCCACUGUUCCAGUUUGCAGCAGAGCUGAAGAAGGAGAGAAAACAGAGUUAAGAAAGAAACAUAAGUCGGGGGCUAUAUUGUGAAGACCCUUAAGGAUCAGCGUGAACAGUUUGUAAUCAGCCUGUGUGGGAAGGGGGUCUACCUUCCUCCCUCUCAGGAGAUUGGCAUUUUCCACGAACUCGUCCACAUAGUUUUGGCCUGUCUCUCCCCUACAGGGUAAGAUCGUUGGUCAUAUUUAUUUUGAUUUAUAGUACCCAUGCUAAACAGAUUCUAGGUUUGUGUAACAUUCUGGUUGUUGACCGUAUAUAAAUCAUUGUGACUACAUAGCUCCCUUUAUAGGUGCUGAUGUGUUUAUUGUACUAAUAUUAUGUAACAAAUACUAGAAAAGUUUGAUUCAUGCAUUAUAUUUGUGAUGUUACUGUGUAUAUAUGAUUUCCAUAAAUUAAGUUGGCUUAAGAGUACCUUUGUUCAGGGGCGCCUGAACACAGGGCUCAGUCGGUUAAGCAUCUGACUUCGGGUGAGGUCAUGAUCUCGCCGUUCACAAGUUCCAGCUCUGCGUUGGGCUCUGUGCUGAGAGCUCAGAGCCUGGUGCCUGCUUCAGAUCCUGUGUCUUCCCCUCACUCUGCCCCUUCCCCACUCACAUACUCUUUCUCUCUCUGAAAAAUGAAUAUUUUUAAAAAAUUUAAAAAAAGAGUACAUUUGUUUACACCAGAUUUAAAAAAUGUCUUUUGGAUAAUUUCAAUUUGAGCAGAUAAUUGACAUGUGGCCAAAAGGGGACUCGCUUUCUCAAAAACGAAUUCAGGCUUAGAAUCUUAGAGCUGCAGGGCCCUCAGCACCCAUGUCUCCUGCUUCCUUCCCUUUUAUUUUGCAGAUGGGGAAACCAGGCUCAGUGCAAAGUCACAUAAUCAGUUAUUGCCAAUGCCAGGGCUAAGAUUCUGUUCUCUGCUGUCUUUCUGCCACCCUUCGUAUCUGAAAUAAGUGACCAACAAAAACAUUUAAAGGCCAAUACACAUUUACAAUGAAAACGUUUCAUGGGAAACAUCAAAAUGGAGCAGUUCCAUAAUUCAGAUAGGGUAGUCAUACUUUUGUUUAUAACAUUACAAAGGGGCACUUGCAAAGUUUCUAACAAAUCAGUUCUUAACUUAUUACAAGUGGCACUCCCCAGUUUUUCCUAACAAAAGUUAACGUGUGGUGGUAAUGGGAACAAUAUGACACCACACCAUGAGAUCAUUUCCUCCCUUGCACAUGGCCAUGUUUUACUUUGUGAUCCGGCUUCUGACGACGUGGUCACUGGAGCAUCUUGGAGAAGCAAGGCCCCGGCACUUGGAGGGGCAUAAAUACUUCCGCGUUAUAUUAACAGCAGAUCCUCUGUUCAGGAUACUAUCCACGUUAAAGUACAACGAACCCCACUAACAAUUACAGCAAGCGUCCUCUGUCCUGGCGUGCACAGGGGCUCUCUGCUGCAUGGCCGCUGAAUUCUGAACUUGUAACUAACUCUGGGACCCGCUCGCGGGAGGAGGCUGGUUUAUCUCUGUCACCCCAGCACAGCCACAAAACCUGGCACGUGGUACGUGCACAAAACCAACGUUAGUGAGGUCUGGACACUUAAGGCUUCCAAGUGACAGUGAAGCAGCGAGCCUGGAAAAUGAGUUUUUCUGGGUUCUGUGUUAAUUCACUUUGAGGCAAAGGUAGAUUUCGCCCGUCUACGGAGCUCCGGCUUAGUGUUUUCUUCCAAAGUCCCUGAAUGCACUCUGACAGGAAGAUGGAGUGUAAAUUAGGCUGCUAUUCACUUGGGAGGCCGUACUGUUUUGUGUCCGUUGUCCCCCCGCUGACCCCUGUCACCCCCGGGCCCCCCAAGCUGCUUGAAGCUCUCCGAGCGCGGGAGCUGCGGGAGAGGGGGAACUGAAAAGCCGCGGAACCAGAGGCGAGGGAGCAGCGCGGGAGGAGGAAGGACGAGAUGGGGAACCGGCAGGCCUAGCUGCGAGGCGGCGGCAGCGGCGUGGAGAUGGAGCCCCUGCGGGUCCUCGAGCUGUACAGCGGCAUUGGGGGCAUGCACCAGGCGCUGAGAGAAAGCUGUGUUCCUGCACAAGUUGUGGCUGCCAUUGAUGUAAACACUGUCGCUAAUGAAGUGUACGCGUACAAUUUUCCUCACACUCAGUUACUGGCCAAGACAAUUGAAGGCAUUACACUAGAAGAGUUUGACAAAUUGUCUUUCAAUAUGAUUUUAAUGAGCCCUCCCUGUCAGCCAUUCACCAGAAUUGGCCUGCAAGGUGAUGUGACUGAUCCAAGGACAAAUAGCCUCUUACAUAUUCUAGAUAUUCUCCCAAGAUUACAAAAAUUACCGAAAUACAUUCUUUUAGAAAAUGUUAAAGGUUUUGAAGUAUCUUCUACAAGAGACCUGUUAAUACAAACAAUAGAAAAUUGCGGUUUUCAGUACCAAGAAUUUCUAUUAUCUCCAACCUCUCUCGGCAUUCCAAAUUCAAGGCUACGGUAUUUCCUUAUUGCAAAGCUUCAGUCAGAACCAUUGCCUUUUCAAGCUCCUGGUCAGGUGCUGAAGGAGUUCCCCAAACUUGAAUCUGAACAUCCAGAAAAAAAUACAAUAUUUGCAGAAAAUAAAAUUGAAAGAAAGAAAAUUGAACCAAAUAUUUGCUUUGAUAAUGGCAGACAGUGUUCUGGAAAAGAAGCCAUUCUUUUUAAGCUUGAAACUAUAGAAGAAAUUGACCGGAAACAUCAGCAGGACAGUGAUCUCUCUGUGCAAAUGCUAAAAGAUUUUCUUGAAGAUGACAUUGACACGAAUCACUAUUUUUUACCACCAAAGUCACUGUUGCGAUACGCUCUUUUGUUAGACAUUGUUAAGCCCACUUGCAGAAGGUCCACAUGCUUUACCAAAGGUUAUGGAAGCUACAUAGAAGGGACAGGAUCUGUGUUGCAGACCUCAGAGGACGUGCAGAUUGAGAAUGUCUACAAAUCCCUCACCAAUUUGUCACAAGAAGAAAAGAUAACAAAAUUAUCAAUGCUUAAACUUCGGUAUUUCACUCCUAAAGAAAUAGCAAAUCUCCUUGGAUUUCCUCCAGACUUCGGAUUUCCUGAGAAGAUAACAGUGAAACAGCGUUAUCGUCUACUUGGAAAUAGUCUCAAUGUGCAUGUAGUAGCUAAACUAAUCAAAAUCCUACAUGAAUAAUUUAAAAAUAACUGAAAGAUGGUCACAUUAUUUAUUCAUAUCCAGAUAGUAAUUCUGAAAUUCUACUUUGAAUUGAUUUUGAUGAAAUUUAACUAAACUCUCUUUAUCUCUCUUGAAAUUUAACUAAACUCUCUUUAUCUCUCUUUAAAAAGAAAUUUGGAUUUAUCAUAAAAAUGCUGAUUUUUAAAAAAUUUAUAUUACUGUAUUUUGUAAAGCAAAAAUUGCUAUUAUGCUUUACAAGAAUAUAUUUUCAUGUGAAAUUGCUAAACAUACAUGUAAAAUAUUCUCUUUAUAACAUUAUGGUAUAUACAAAUUUAGGAACAUUGGAGUUUGAAUAUCUACAUGAAUAUUUUACAAAGUGUCAUGAUAGACAUAGUAUAGUGAACCUGAGAAAUUAUGUUUUUGUAUGUUGCUUAAACAAAUUGCCUUAUGAAUCCUAUUAUUUUAUUUUAUUGUCAGAUUGAUUAUUCCUGAUUUUAAAAUGAUGCUUCUAAUUCUGGCCUGUUUCAAAUAUUGAAUGUUUACUGAAUUCCAUCCUUUAAACAUUUCUUAAUUAUAUCUAAACAAAUGCAUAUAAUGUUUUAGACCAAAUUAUCAUCAUUCAGUGUUACACAGCCGUCUGAAGAAAGUGUCAGAAAAAAUAAUCCUAAAUUCUUGAUUAUGUCUCCAUCAGGAAGCUACAGAAAAUGUAGGUAAACAUUAUCCAAUUAUCUUUAAUUCUACCUCCAUCUAAAAUGCGAAACUUCAUUGUCCGUUCUUUAUUUAUAAAUAUUUUCUUUUACUUUGCUGUCAUCAGAGCUUGCUUUUGUCUUCCUUCUUAGCUUCUUGUUGUAAGUUGAAUUUGCAUCACAUUCUAGGGAAUGUAGUGUGACAUUCAGAUUUUAGGGAGGAAAUUCUGCUCUCCGACCCCAUUUUAUAUGACUGUUCUGUGAAUUAGCUUUUUAAACUUUCUCUUUCUCUCUCAGACUUCUUGGAAUUAUGGUUUCUUAUCAGACUGUUAGUAUUAUAAACCCUGUGGUUUUAUUUCAGUGAUAAAAGCAAGUGACAGAAAGAAGAGAAAUGAAAAGAAAUAAGACCAGAAAUUGUAUCACAAAAUAAAAAAUAUUUUCAUUCUUUUUUAAAAAAUGUUUAUUUAUUUUUGAGAGAGAGAGUGCACACAAGCAGGAGAGGGACAGAGAAAGAGGGGGACAGAGGAUCUGAAGCAGGCUCUAUGCUGACAACAGACAGAAUAUUUUUAUUCUUAAAAGACAAUCAUUUCGACGUGGAGAAAUCAGAACCCUGUGCAUUGCUGGUGGAAAUGUAAAAUGGUGAGCCACUGUAGAAAGAAGAUGAUUCCUUCAAAAAAUUAAACCUAGAAUUAGCCUUAUGAUCUAACAAUUUCACUUCUGAAUAUAUGCCCAAAAGGAUUGAAAGUAAGGACUUGAACAGAUAUUUGUAUACUAAUGUUCAUAGCACCAUUAUUCACAAUAGCCAAAAAGAGGAAAGAGCCAACAUACUUGGGUGAAGACUGGAUAAACCAAAUAUAGUAUAUACAUACAGUGGAAUAUUAUUCAGCCAUGAAAACAAAGAAAUUCUGAUACAUGCAACAACAUGGAUGACCCUUGAGGACAUUAUGGUCGGUGAAAGAAGCCAGACACAAAGGGACAAAUUUUAUAUAAUUCCAGUUACAUGGGGUAUGUAAAAGAAUCAAGUUCAUAGAGAUAGAAAGUAAACUAAGGGUUACCAAGGUUCGGGGUACCUGGGGAAUAAGAGUUAGCAUUGAAUGGGUACAGAGUUCUGUUUGGGGUGGUAAAAAAGUUCUGGAGAUGGUUAAUGGUGGUGGUUGCACACCAAUGGAAAUGUACUUAAUGCCACUGAACUGUAUCCUUAAAAAUCCUUAAAAUGGCAAGUUUUAUGUUAUGUACAUCUUAUCACAUUUAAAUAAAAAAAGUCAUUCCUCACCACCAUUUCUUCAGAAAAACUCAUAAAUAUGGGCAUAGGCCAAUGUGUAUAUGUAUCAGUGUUCACGUCUACAUUAUGUAUAUGUGUUUAAAGACAAACCUUAUUACAAAUCUCAUAAUGGGGGGGGGUGGUGGAGGGGAUAUGUUUAUAGUUUAAAAUCAGAAUUGAGAAUCAAGAAGUUCCCAAAUAAGCCAAGACAACAAAUAAGGAUCUAAUUUGAAGCCCAUAUAGACAAAGUAGUUAAAGUGUGUUUUCCUCAGGUUGUUAUGUUAUUGAAAAGAAGGCUAACUUUUCAUAAUUUGGCCUUCAGGUUGGAACUACAAGUCUUUUAGGUCACAAGUGGUAGACUGAUUUACAGAUAGCUUUGGACUUUGAAAUUGAGUGAGGGUCAUACGGUCUCAGCAGUUUUCUUAUAGCCUGUGAACUCAUGUAACUUUUCAAGACAGCCUUUCAACGUUCUUGGACCAGAACUCUCUCCCUCUCAGCUUCCAGUGUCAAAGUGCACCGCAGACAACUCUCCUGUCAACUUCUUAACAUUUGUUUUUCUUGGAUCCACUUCCCGUCCAAUCCUCUUUCUCCAUUCAGCAGACUCACCCAGGUAUCUAGAUAUGCCCCUUUGCACAUUUUAUUGAAAAGCAGUAAGAAUCGUACACAUGUUCCUCAACUUCAGUUUAUACUAGUCAAGCUGUCAGCACCAUUUUUUCCUUUCCUGUCCUCUCCUGUCAUUCCUUUACUUUGCUACUGAAAAUUUAAACCUUCAUUUUUAAAAACAAAAACAAAAACAUUGUCCUAACCUCUAUGUGUCUGUUUCUCUCUUUAGGACUUCUAAGAACAUUUUACACUAAGAUGGUCAUGCUCUUCAAAAUCAUUUGCAACCAUGGCCCAAACAAUUUCACUAUUUUUGUCUUGAUUUGUGACUUUAUUCCUUUUUAAAUGUAUUUGUUCAGUAAAUAUGAACAUGUGCAGAGAACUUUUUUGGCUUCUGAUUCCCAAACUACUCAAAUAAAUUUGUCGUAGUCACCAGA